AUGCCUGGUCUGUUUGUAGUGUUGGUAGAGAUCAUGCAGAUAUGUACUGCCAUGGAGCAACCCGCAGCCUUGGAGCCCAUCUUGAGGAACGUCGAUGAGAGGUACCUGAGCCUCUGCCCGAACUCCAUACGAGUGAAGACUCAGUACUUCUGGGCCCGGCAUAGACUCUUCCAGUCUCGUCUGCCUGAUGCUGAGCAUCGACUCGACGACGCCCUGAAAUACUGUCCGGACGGUCACAUUCAUGCCAAACAGCGUAUACUGAACCUUCUUAUACCCUGCAAGGUGAGGAAGGGGAUAUUGCCGUCGAAGGAGCUGCUCGAGAGGAAUCAGCUUACGGCACGGUGGGCACCGUUGUUGAGGGCCAUCAGGCAGGGCAACCUUGCAGAAUACGAACGUUGUCGGACGGAGGCCCUCAGUCUCGAUGACGAUGCCGGCACUGGACGGCAGAUAUUACCAUUCUUCCUUGAUGGCAUGCUUGUAUGGUGCGUUUACAGGAAUCUACUGGAGCGCACUAUGACGAUAUACGGCUCGAAUCAAGUCCCUGUAUCAGUGCUCACAGCGGCCUUGAGAGUGAGUGAAGAUGAUGAGGAUGGUCACGUCUGUGAUACCUAUGCUGAAGGCAUUGUAGCGCGGCUCCUGCUCUAUGGUUAUUGCAAGGGCUACAUCUCAUAUGAGCUAAGGACUCUGGUCCUCGCUACUCGUAAUGCAUUUCCGAAGCCCCCAUGGGAGCAGCUCAGAGAGUUAUGA